UAUAUAUACAUGUGGCGGCUAGAGCUUGCUUCACUAAGUAGCUUAUUGCUUUGCUUUUACCAAUGGCCAACGUUUUCAGGAGCACCGGUUCAGUUCUAGGGGUCAUGGACGACAUGGCAAGGAUGCCCUUUAAUACAAUACCACAAAAGUAUAUUCGCCCUGAACGAGAACCUCUAAUUCAAACCCAUCGUCACUCCAUUCCUUUGCCAACCAUUCCCGUAUUUGACUGGAAAAGCUUCCUGGAUCCUGCAAAUGACAGAGACACUCAACUUCACAACUUGUUCUCAACCUGCAAGGACUGGGGUUUCUUUCAGGUGGUAAACCAUGGAGUGAGCACUGAGCUCCUAGGGAAACUGAAGAUCGAGAUCGAGAAAUUCUUCCAGCUCCCCAACGAAGAGAAGAAGAAGUACCAAAUCAGACCAGGCGAUGUUCAAGGUUAUGGAACUGUCAUCAGAUGCAAAGAUCAAAAGCUGGACUGGGGAGACAGAUUCUACGCCGUGAUCAACCCUCUUCGUAGAAGAAAACCAUAUCUGGUCCCAGAACUACCUCCGUCACUCAGGGAUACCCUGGAGACAUACUUCAAGGAGGUGAGGAAACUUGCAAUGGGACUUUUUGGACUACUGGCAGAAGCAAUAAAGAUAGAGAUGAAGGAGAUGGGGGAACUGUUCGAGGACGGGAUGCAGUCGGUAAGGAUGACAUACUAUCCUCCAUGUCCAGAGCCAGAGUUAGUAGUAGGGCUCACACCACACUCAGACGCGACAGGGAUAACGAUACUUCAUCAGGUGAAUGGAGUGGAAGGUCUGGAGAUAAAGAAAGAUGGGGUUUGGAUCCCAGUGAGGUUUCUGGCAGAUGCCUUUGUAGUUAACGUUGGAGACAUCAUGGAGAUUCUCAGCAACGGGGCAUACAGCAGCAUAGAGCACAGAGCAGCGGUGAACAAAGAAAAAGAGAGAAUCUCCAUUGCCAUGUUUUUCAACCCCAAGUUUGAGGCCGAGAUCGGGCCUUUCAAAAGCUUGAUAACUCCCGAGAACCCGGCUCUGUUCAGGAGGAUUCUAAUGGAAGAUUACUUCAAAGACUUCUUCUCCCAGAAUCUAAACGGCAAGUCCCACUUGGAGAGGAUGAAAAUCAAAAGCGGAGAAUAAUCAAACACUUGAUGAUCGGUGCCCUCAUUUUUAGGAUGAAAGAUUUAGCUUUAAAUCUACUACAUCUGAUCUCUGCCACUUUAUUGUAAAGCAUUAAUAAUUUUAAGUUUGAUGAGCGUAUUUAGUGGGCCUUAAUUUCCUAGUAAGGAUGAUAACCGUCUGCUGGCUAGUUGAUGUUACGUCGGCGAAAGUGCAUCCAUUUGUUGAAUUAAUCACCUGAUGAAUGUAAUUUCACUAUUUGGGAUCACAUGCUUAAUUAUUUCUGAUU